UGUUCCUGCUCACUUUGUCCUUAGCAACAACGGACGGCGACGACGACCAGCGGCGCAUCGUCUCCGACUCCUCGCUUACAAUUUGCUCGUCCCUAACUCUUUGUCUAUCCAUCUGUCUGUCCCUAUUUUCCAAUUCCACACCCUACACUGGCUUAAAGCUUCUUUUUCUACCCGACUCACCCGAAAAUGACUACGUCGUACAAGCCAGCAGACUCAAAAAGGGAAGAAUUCCGAAAGUAUUUAGAAAAGGCUGGGGUUUUGGAUGCUCUCACAAAAGUUCUAGUUGGACUUUAUGAAGAACCUGACAAACCAAACAAUGCUUUAGAAUUUUUGAAACAGCAUCUUGGUGUUUCUGGUCCUGAAACGGCAGAUGUAGACGCCUUGAAGUUGGAGGUCAUAGAAUUACAGGAGAAAGUGGAACAACUUCAAGAGGAGAAUUCAGACCUCAAAAGCAAGCUUCAACAAUAUGAACCAAAUUUGACAGAACAGUCUGUUGAUAACUAACCAUCCUUUGUUGUCAUGUCCCACUGCUGUUGUCACAUCCACACACACAUGACUGGCCUUAAAACACUGGAUGACUUUCACUUUCCACUUUAUUCAAAUAGAAUUUUGAAAAGCAAUUUAUUUUUUAUGUUUGUUUAUUUGUUAUUCCUUAUUUCCAUUGCUGUUUCAUAUCAUUUAGUUUCUUCCAAUCUCUCUCUCUCCCUCUCUCUAUCUACCUAUCUAUUUAUCAUCAAUCUAUCUCUCUAUCUUCCUACCUGUCUCUAUGUCAUCUGGCUACCUGUCUAUUUAUCUCUCUCUCUCUCAUCACCUCUACCUUCAGUAAAUAACUGUCUCAUUGGUUGCUAUUAUCAACAGCUGUUCUGGAGGGAUACUCAGAACAGAUUUCAUAUCCCACAAUGCAUUAUCACUGGGGGCCGCCACCAUUUGCUGGCCCCCGGUUGACAAUCUGUUAUUCAGUUGUGAAAUAGUCUCACGAAUAAAAAACAAAAAACAAAGCAAAAAGACAAAGUUUCAA